AUGGAUUCAGAUCUAUUGGAUACAAAAGUUAUUUCAAAAAUUCUAAUCGAGAAUCACUCAAAAAUACUUAAUCAGCAAAAUGAAUAGGAUAAAUAAUUUAGGUUAACAAUAUUUUUAUUUAUAUAGGGAUUAGAAAAUUGAAGAAUAGAUUAAAGAAACAUAAAAAUAUUUCAAAAUGAGGAAACUUGAUCUAGAUUUCUACAAACAUUUAGGUUAAGAAGUUUACAUAAGUUAAAUAAGUUCAUAAAUUACGGUGAUUAUGUAAAAAAUUAACCAUUAUAGAGUUUUUUAUUAUGACUUUCCUAAAAGCCACCCAUAAAUAUUUGUUACGAAAUAAAUGGGCCAUAGAUUGAUUGAUCCAGAUACUUGGGAGAUAAAUGUUAAGUGGAAUGCUUCGCUUUCGCAUAUGAUGAAGGAUAUAGUGAAUUAGUUUGCAACCCAAGCUCCUGAGGAUGAUUAUUAUAUGGUUGAACUUUCAAAAAAUAAUUCAGAUGAUACAUUUUAAAAGCAUAUUAAAGCAAUUUAAAAUGUUGAACUAAGAUAACUAUUUGUGAAUUGUCCCCCACAAUAAUUUUUAGUAAACUUGUAGCAUGAUUUAAAUCCAUUUAUAAUGUAAUUAGAAGACUAUUAAAAAAUUUCUUCAUUGAUUGUUGAGAAAGCACAAAAAAAUAAUUCAAUUGGAGGUUGUUUUGAAUUUAUUAUUUUUAGAAUCUAUACAACAGAUUAUGUGUGAGAAUUUAAAGUUAAAAUCAGAAGUAGAUGAAGAAUUGAAAAUAUUUUCGGAAGCCUAGGUAGAAGGAUUUCCAUUAGAAGACUUUUGUUUGUCAUUGGCUAAAGUAAUAUGAAUUAAGAGUUAUAGAAAUUUUCUGAUAAAGAACUAGCGAGAGUAUUGGAUAAAAAAAUAUAAGUCCUAGAAUAAAUAAGAGAGGAAAAGUAUGAAAAUAAGAUUAAUGAGGAAGAUGAAAAAAAAUUCGAAAAAGACAUUAAAGAAUAUUUGGAAAAAAGGAAGGAAUAUCAAAUUUCCAUUUAAAAGAAAUAAUAUUGUUUGAGAGCACUUUAAAAUAAAUAGAAAGUUUGA